UAAACGCAGCGCUGAUGGAGGCUGUCACUGCCAGUGGUAUGUCGGCGGUCCACAGUGUUACCACAGCAAGCAGUGUGAUUGGGAAGCGGCGCCUGGAGGAGCGCUCUACGUUUGAUAAACGUCUGAGGUUCAGCGUUCGUCAGACGGAGAGCGCCUAUCGCUACCGUGACAUAGUGGUAAAAAAACAAGAUGGCUUUACUCACAUCUUACUGUCCACUAAGAGCUCAGAGAACAACACGCUCAACCCUGAGGUGAUGAAGGAGAUCCAGAGCGCCAUGGCGACAGCAGCAUCUGAUGAUAGUAAGCUGGUGUUGCUUGGCGGCGUCGGCAGCGUGUUCUGCUGCGGUCUGGACUUCCUGUAUUUCAUCAGACGACUGACGGACGACAGGAAGAAGGAGAGCAUCAAAAUGGCUGAAAGCAUCAGGACCUUCGUCAACACCUUCAUCCAGUUCAGGAAGCCCAUCGUGGCAGCAGUGAACGGGCCGGCGCUCGGCCUCGGCGCCGCCCUCCUGCCGCUCUGUGACGUGGUGUGGGCCAAUGAGAAGGCUUGGUUCCAGACGCCGUACACGUUCUGCGGCCAGACGCCCGACGCCUGCGCCUCCUUCACCUUCCCCCGAGUCAUGGGGCUGGCAGCGGCCAAUGAGCUGCUGCUUGGCGGCAGGAAGCUGACGGCGCAGGAGGCGUGUUCUAAAGGCCUGGUGUCCCAGGUUCUGUGGCCCGGAACCUUCACACAGGAAGUGAUGCUGCGGGUCAAAGAGCUGAUGGCUGUCGACCCUCUGGAUGUAGACACGUCCCAGACCAGGAUGUAGACACGUCCCAGACCAGGAUGUAGACACGUCCCAGACCAGGAUGUAGACACGUCCCAGACCAGGAUGUAGACACGUCCCAGACCAGGAUUUAGACACAUCCCAGACCAGGAUUUAGACACGUUCCAGACCAGGAUGUAGAGAUGUCCCAGACCAGGAUUUAGACACAUCCCAGACCAGGAUUUAGACACGUUCCAGACUAUCCUGCAGUUUACCAUAUGGUUCUAGAAUUUAGACAUGUCCCAAACCAUCCUGCAAUAUACCUUAUUGUUC